GGGGCGCGCGGACCCGAGCAGCCGGCCCAGCCCAGCCCAGCCCAGCCCGGCCGCAGCCCGGCCCGGCCCCGCGCCGCCAGAGACGAGCCGGCGGGCGGCGGCGGCGGCGGCUGCCGGCCCGGCUGGUGGAGGGCCUCCGACCGACCGCGGCCGAGCCGGGCCUGGGCGCGGGCGCUGAGGUAGCCCGCCGCGGCGGGCACGGGAGGAAGCGGCGGCGGCGCGUCCUGAGCCGUGCGCGCCAUGUCGGGCGGGCCCCCCAAGGGCCUGCCGUCCACCGGGCCCCACUCCCUGCUCGACAUGCCGCACCCGCUGGCCGGCUCCAGCAGCGAGGAGGCCGUGGGCGGCGACAGCACGCCCAGCCCGGACCUGCUGAUGGCCCGCAGCUUCGGCGACAAGGAUCUCAUUUUGCCCAACGGUGGUACUCCAGCAGGUACUUCGAGUCCAGCUUCUUCAUCUUCCCUUCUCAACAGACUUCAGCUUGAUGAUGACAUCGAUGGCGAGACCAGAGAUCUCUUUGUCACAGUUGACGACCCCAAGAAGCAUGUCUGUACGAUGGAGACCUACAUUACGUAUAGGAUCACCACCAAAAGUACGCGGGUGGAGUUUGACCUGCCAGAAUAUUCUGUUCGUCGAAGGUACCAGGAUUUUGACUGGCUGAGGAACAAACUGGAGGAAUCCCAGCCUACUCAUCUCAUUCCCCCGCUUCCUGAGAAGUUUGUGGUGAAAGGUGUUGUAGAUCGUUUUUCAGAAGAGUUUGUGGAGACCAGGAGAAAAGCUUUGGAUAAAUUCCUAAAAAGAAUUACAGAUCAUCCUGUGCUCUCUUUCAAUGAACACUUCAAUGUUUUCCUUACUGCUAAGGACCUGAAUGUCUACAAGAAGCAAGGGAUGGCGCUGCUGACCAGAGUGGGCGAGUCUGUCAAGCACGUCACUGGAGGCUACAAGCUGAGGAGUCGACCUCUUGAGUUUGCAGCUGUCGGUGACUACUUAGAUACAUUUGCGCUCAAACUGGGAACCAUUGACCGAAUAGCCCAGAGGAUCAUUAAGGAAGAAAUAGAGUACCUUGUAGAGCUGCGAGAAUAUGGGCCUGUGUACUCCACAUGGAGUGCAUUAGAGGGGGGGCUGGCUGAGCCCCUGGAGGGUGUGUCAGCUUGCAUUGGCAGCUGCUCGACGGCCUUGGAAGAGCUGACCGAUGACAUGACAGAAGACUUCCUACCUGUGCUCAGGGAAUAUAUUUUAUACUCUGACUCUAUGAAGAGUGUACUAAAGAAGAGGGACCAAGUGCAAGCAGAGUAUGAAGCCAAACUGGAAGCUGUGGCUCUGAGGAAGGAAGACCGCCCCAAGGUGCCAGCAGACGUUGAGAAGUGUCAGGAUCGGAUGGAGUGUUUCAACGCCGAUCUGAAAGCCGACAUGGAGAGAUGGCAGAACAACAAGAGGCAGGACUUCCGGCAGCUGCUCAUGGGAAUGGCCGACAAGAACAUCCAGUAUUAUGAGAAGUGCCUCAUGGCGUGGGAGUCGAUCAUUCCACUACUGCAGGAGAAACAAGAGGCCAAGUAAGUCCCCUCCUGGGACAGAGACUCUCCUGCCUACACAGGGCAUGGUGUACUGGAACGCCCCUGUCGUGCAGAGAGACGGCACUGAGAAGCAUCUCUCCUUUGUGUAUUUCUUUCCCUGCCCGCCCCUCACCCCCUUCGUCUGCCCGCCGGUGGUUUUCCAUUAGUUUCUAUUCCUUAGUGGAGUCCGCAAGGCUAUCAUCAUCUCUCCACGAAACAGCAUUCCUCCGUGGCGCGAAGGAACCUACGAAAUGGAACACUAAGAAGAUUUGCAGCCGAGGGACGAGACGACCCAGCUGACAUUCUGACAUCGCAUUAUGGUUUCCUGUUUGCGGGGACCGCAGAGUUGCCUGUGGUGGAAGAGAGCCCGGGUUUUGCUUUUCAAGGACACGAGGAAGGCACGGACGGGAGGCAGCCCCUGUUGUCCGUGGACACGUGGUGACUGCGGAACGGACCCCCGUGGGGCAGUGACUUGUCUCGGCCUAGAAGGAGGUGUCGGUACCUCCGUGGAAAGCCCUUAACUAACGUACGGUGGCCUGCAGCUGUGUGUGCGGCCCGCCGCCUGCUUGUGAUGAGCGACAGCUGUCUUGUUGCUUCUGGUUCAUUCAGGACCGUUUAUUUCAGUGUCUGUAUGCAUCUGUGCUAGAGCGAGCGAGCCAGUGUCCUUGUCCUCACGCGAUACCUCGGGAAGCCGAGGGGGGCAGUGCUCCCCAAACUUGUUUCUGACACUAGAAUGCAGCAGACUGGAAACUUGUAAAAUGGGGGGGAAAAAGGUGCAUUUUUCUCUGUGAAGUUCUUCGAUGUUCUCUUUUGCCUUGUGAAGUGCCGUCAGAGUAGAGAUUAGUCCUGUUGUGGGGAAUCCGUGUUGUCUGGAAGUCAGAGUAGCUCCCCAGUUGCUGGGCUCGGUGGGCACACACCAGGCCCCAUCCCCACGCCUGCCCUGGGCAGUUUGCCUUUACCUCACCCGAAAUUCCUCAUUUAAUGUUUUCCUGCCGUGUCCACUGAAUGUUUGGGCAAACUUUUGGUGAGAGGCUGUUAACGCUGUCGUGACCCAGUUGAGAUUUUGUAAACUCAACAUGAAUGUUCUACAUGAAGUGCUUUAACCCUUGAUAAUUCCCCGGUCAGGAAGAGAAGUCAGUAACCGGAUGGGCCUCGGAGAUGACAAGUGUAACAGAGAACGUCUUUGCUUCUAGAUAAGCUAGGAUCUCCUCCAUUUGCAGCCAAACCCCUGGGGACCGCCAGCUGCAUCUCCAGUCUUCACUUCGAACCACGACCAGGUUUGCUCUCUUUGCAAAUCAACACAAAGCAGACAAAAGAGGAUCUAUCUUCCAACUCAUCUUGUUUCCUCCUGAAAUGAAGCUGCCUAGGUCACGUUGUGUCCUUUCAUCUGUGGCUCAUCCCCUCUGAAAUGAUAAAUCUGAGCCUCAAAGAGGCGGUAGUCUGUUUGUAGCGAAGCGAGCUGUGGGCCAAGAUGCGGGCGCAGACACAAGUUAACCCGCAGAUGCGGGGCACUGUGCGGCAUGUCAAGAUCGCUCCGUCCCGCGUCCACCUGCGGUGCUGACCCCGGGCGGCCGCCGCUGUGACGUCAGCGGCACGGCGGUUCUGUUCAUCGUGUGUGAAUGAGUCACAGUUUAAAUUAGAAGUUUUGUUAUCAUUUGGUACUUGCCUGUACCGUCAGACCCACUCAUGCCAUUCCAAGAUCCUGCAGUGCAGGAUUUUCAGCUUGGCACAAUUAGAAACGAUCUCUUCGAAGCAGAAGGGUAAGGACAGUCCAGCCGCCCUGAGUGGCGAGUCCGUGUUUCAUGCUACCUCUACACCAUCCCGUCGGUGCGGGUCUGGACGUCUGGGUCCGACCUGACAGUUUGCUGGUAGAACAGGGUUGUGUAUCUAAUAGUGGGUCGAUGGCCCUCUAUCGAUAUUUUGUGGAAGGCACUAGACUGACCUUAGCAGCAAGUGCUCAUCAGCAGGAACGCGCGAAGCCUUGCCUUGUGGAAUGUGUGCUUUAAAAAUGUUGUCCAGUGUAACGAGUGCUUGGAAAGAACUGUGGAAAGAGUUACGGGAAGACCAGAACCUCAUCUGCUGCUAGUUGCCAAUGCCCGGGAGCAUUCCUGUGUUAAGGUUAGUUGGGAAAGAAAGCAACCCUUCAAAAAAGUCCUCGGGUUCCUCGCUGGGACGCACGGGAAGGGAGUGGGGGGAUGUAGUCAUUCCAUACAUUAUUGGAGGCAGAAGACUGGCCGAGGGGAAUCCAGCAUCUCGGGGUUUGUCUUUCUCUCUUUGUGCCCCACGUGAUGUUUCUGUGCUUGAAGACACCAGGGAGAGCGGGAGCAUUGACAGCAGAGCUGGGAGAACCAGCGCACGUUACAGACUUCCCUGGAGAGAUGCACUUUCCCCGAGAAGGGACCCUCGCCCCUUCCUCUUCAGGCUGGCGUCCGAUGAGGUGAGGAGGCUGGCCCAUACAGAAGGCACGGUAGGCCGUGAGGGAGGGUCCCUCAGCCCCUGAGGCUCCACAACCCCGGGCAUCUGCCCCUUGCCCUCGGUGGGCACAAAGGUGAUUCCCUGUGCGAAGUCACUUGGAGACUUGCGUGCCAAAGACUGCCUUGUAAGAGGCUUCCUCGCCCCAUCCUUCUUGGCUCCAAAGUCAUGGGGCUGAGCUCACUCCCUCUUCUCUCGUAUUUAUGUCCGGGGGGCUUUUGCUUGAAGACACGCUUGACCUCAGGCAGACAGACUUGGACAGAUUUUGAGUCUCGAGCACAUGGCCGUGGAAUGGAGAGUGGUCCCUGUCCACUGUCCCUUGGGUGUGGGAAGUGAAAGGUUCAUUCACCCAGGUUAAAAAUCCAGGCUGAGGCAGAAGAGAGAAUUCUUAGACACCGAGCAGAUGUUAGAGAAGCAGGUGUUGAAGUGAGCAGCUGUGCUUCGUGGCAGGGUCCGGACACUGCGCUUCUUCUCAUGUGCCGGCCCCACAAGAAGAUUCUAGGCUCCUCCGCCCAAAGCAGAGAACUACUGCUCUUCCCGAACGAGGAGGAAACACGUUACACUGCCAGGUGUGGGGUUGGGUUUCAUCCUUUAAUAGGACUUAAUAAUGAUUCCCGGUGACCCCAGAUAAGUGCAAUUAUGGAGAGGAUGGCUCGUAUUUCACUGUGCUGCUUGUUGAACUCGCCAGACACCUGUCUUUAGGUGAAUAACGACAGGUACGACUCCGGGGAUCGUGGUGAAUGUAACGGAAGUUUGUCUUCGUGCCAAAUUUCAGCCACAACUGGAGUGCGUGCUGCAUGCUGUGGAAUUAAAUGUUUUGUCAGUCACCAUCCACACGAGGGAUUUAAAUGCUCUUGUGAGGCCGCCUUUGUGUUGAAAUGGCAGGAAGUCGUGCUUUAGAGGACGGAGGGCAUGGUGGCUGGGUGGGCAUUUGCAAGUGGAGUUUCUCUCUUGGGAUGGCAGGUAUCAACCCAGGACACACCCGGAGGCCGAGGGCCUGGGCCUGGGCCCUGCCGUCCAUGGCACUGAAAUCCCGGGCCCCUGGCUUUGUUCUGACGCCAUUCAUUGGACUGAGAGUAGUCCUUCUUUAGACUCUGUCCUGAGAGAGGGCAGGAGAGUGAGAUCCACCCCCCCCCACACACACACACCAGGUCUGUGUUGGCCUUGUCUGUGUGGGUCUCGGGACGGCUUCCCUGAGGAACGCCCCUGCUCAGAAGGUGGACCACCUGUGGUCAGGGCCGGGCUCAGCAAGCCUGCUCCCCGCCUUCCCAGAUGCCUACUCAAAAGGCCCGUGGAAACUGAGCAGUCUCCCCGUAAGGCUGGAGUAAAACUGGCUUUGGUGAUCCCCGCUUACAAAACAUUUUGGGAAUUUGGGUUUGCCUUCUCGCUUUCAAGAGUCCUCGAGAUGGUAACACAUCGGACAGGCCCUCUUAUGUUUUCUCCAUUCAGGUGGCAGGUGUUAUUUGUCAGUAGAGUUGAGGAAAAUGUCCUCCCCUGCGCCCGACGGACCUAUGGAGCUGGGUGUGUCGGAGUUGUUCCCUGCUCCCUCAUGCUUUCUUGAUUUAGCGAAUAAACCAGAAACCUGAUUUUUUCAUCAGUCCACCCAGUAGGUGGUUAGCUUUCUGGUUUUAAGGAUGGUUGGUCUCCCUACAGUUGCCCGGAUGAGAGCGUGCCCAGGGCUGUCUGCAUUAGAAAAGGCGGAGGAAGGACCUUUGUGUCAGGGACUUUGACUGUUGUUCCUUAAUCAGAUGUGUUUGAAAUGCAUUCUGGGGCAUGGCUAUCUAACCUGUUCUGUGUGGCAGCAAAAAAACAGAUGUUUUUACUACUCUAGAUAGCCUGCAGGUAAGUGCUUUGGAAAAAAUAACUUCAACAAAACCAAUAAGGUAUUUGAGUCAUGUAGAAACAUUCUGUCUAGUUAGCACUUGAAAAUCAACAAACCCAGACUUUUAAAAAGGCCCACAGACUGUUGAAAGCCUAACUCUGCUUUUUGAGAAUGGUCAAUGCCUAUUAAUCUGCCUUAUCUGCCUAAUCUGUUUUAGAUUCUGGAUAGAAGUUUUUAGACCUGUAACUGGUUGUUCAGCUUAAUGCUAGAGGUCUAACGUAGCCCAUCCUCAGCCCUCUUAAAGAAACAAAAAUGUGGGGUUCAUAAUUAGGGCUGCCUUUUGGGAGGAGAAAGCUAAGUGUUGCUAUUGCCAAAUGAUAUUUUUGAUAAUGUAAGGAAACACAGGGACCACUGAACCGCUUUUGUUUGUUUGUUUGUUUUAAAGUGUGAAAGAUUAACUCAGUGCUUUUCUGCACACUCUUGAUUGUAGAGGUCAUAUGGUGUCGGCAUCGACAAAUCACAGAGAUACAAAGAACUCUAGAUUAUGACAAUAUUAAUGGUUUACCCCGAUUCUACUGAACAGCUUUUAAAAAGAUAACCGGGGAACGGGCCGGGGGGUGGGCCUCAGAUCAGCAUAUUUCAGAUGGAAAUUCUCCACAGGUUGAAAUGCCAAAAACGUAAAACCUACUGUGUUGCCUCACAUACUUUAGUCCAUUUUCGCAGAGCUUUCCCUAUUAACGCCAGUGACUGAGUAUUACACGCGCACCUCCCCUGGCUGCACCACCCCCCUCACCGGGUGAUCCCGGGCUCCCCAUGGGCCAGGUCUCAGAGCAGGUGACACCUGUCAACACCCCCGCUCGACAGGUGGUUCAGUCUCAGACCAGCCCUGCAGUCACAAUGGUACUGGAAGGACAGAAGGGGGAUGGCUGUUUCCCCAGUGUGGAAACAGGGAGGGGAGGGGAGGUUGCAGACAAAGUGUGAAUCACUGUGAUCAAAGGACACCUAGGUCAGCUGGGCUUUUGUGGAGCCACAAACCAGCAGCUCUUCACAGUCAGCACGGUUCACCGGGACACUCCUGAGGUUUUGGUCCUGUCCAGUAGAUGCCCUGUCCGUUGUACGUCUUGUGUGCCGACCCCCUUGAUGUCUGUGUGUUGGGAAUACAUUGAGAGAGGAUGUCCAUCUGAUAUCUUCCCAUACAAUAAACUGCCAGCAAACUUUCUAACUUGUAUUUUAACUGUUGAAAAAGAGAUUCAAAACUUUUGCGUAGGUCAUGUCCAAAGGAUGGACUGUAUUUCUUAUUUUUAGAAAUCAUUCUUCACAUUUAAAAUUUUAACAGAAGCCCCCACCCCGAGGUAUUGAUAAAGUCCUCCGUGUAAAUGUGUUUCUCUUCUCUCCAUGCUGCCAAUAAGCCAAAUCAAAAGCUGUGAAGAAAAAAAAAAAAAGUGCUCAAGAAGGUGUGUAGAUGAGAAAGUGAUUUAUCUCCAGGUCAAAGUCUCUGUUUCAUGAAGCUACCAAACGUUAAAAAGAAUGUCACCUUUUUUUUUUUCCUUUGUUAUGGAACCCAGAGAUUGUAAAAGAAAGAAGUUUUUGUUGCAUUUUUGAUGCUGGCACGAGGUUUUUGUCCCCUUUUUUUCAUAUAUCUGUGUAUAAAAAAUUCUGUCCAUUGUUUACUAUGAAAUUAAGUAUUACAUUUUGGGGUAAACAAAAGAAUUUGUAUUGCUUGAUAAACUAUUAGCUUGUAAAUUUAAAAGGUUUCCUCAAUUAACUUAAUGGACCAAUAAACCUAUGAAAGAUGCUUUCUUUA